CUCUCCCUCCCUCCCUCCCUCCCUCCCUCGACUGUGAUCGUUGCUCAUCUGCAAACUUUCACUCUUGGAUAAAGAAAGAGAAAACUGAUCUGUGUUGUUACUAGAGCAGAGCUGUUGUGGAGAGGUCACAAAUCCAACACAGGAGGAGGAAACUUGCAGGAAAAAGCCGAUUCAAUCAAUGACACGUAGGGAAGACAUGGUCUGGUUGGAGGACGCCACCGAGAUGCCUACCUUGGGCCGCCCCUUCACAGGCCCCGGAAGGGAGGAAUCUGAACUCAGGAUUAUCCUUGUUGGAAAGACCGGAGGCGGGAAGAGCGCUACAGGAAACACCCUUCUUGGCCGGAAAGCGUUUGAGUCCAUGGCGGCACUGAGGACGACCACGCUCAGGUGCCAACGAGAGACACAGAGGUGGAGAGACUUGGACCUUUCUGUGAUCGACACUCCAGCCCUUUGUGACCCAGACACCUCCACCACGAUCCUGCUGCCGGAGAUCAGGCGCUGCAUUGACCUCUCCAGGCCCGGCCCUCAUGCCUUGGUGUUUGUGACCCAGGUGGGCCGCUUCACGGCAGAAGACGAGGCGGCCGCCAAUCAAGUCCAGGCUUUGUUUGGAGAAGAGGCCUUCAAGCACAUGGUCAUCCUCUUCACCCGCAAAGAGGAUUUAGAUGGGGAUUCCUUGGAGGACUAUGUGUGGAGCUCAGAUAAUGAGGCUCUCCAGGGGCUAAUUCGGAAGUGUGGGGGGCGCAUGUGUGCUUUCAAUAACAGGGCAUCUGGGGAGGAACGGGAGAGGCAGGUCUCUGAGCUGAUGGAGAUAGUCCAGCGCAUGGUGGAGAAGGAGGGAGGGAGGCAUCUCUCCAAUAGGCUCUACUUGGAGCCGGUCUUAACAGAUGAAAAGAUUCUAACAUUCAUGGCAGAGAAUGAAGGUACCGGGUCAAAGCCAAGGGGAGGUUGGAGUCAUAGGGAUCUGAUUAAAAAGUGUCAAAGGCUUUCAUGGCUGGAAUCACUGGUUAAAAAGUAUUUGGGGAGACACUGGUGGCUGGCGUUUCCUUUUAUUUGUUUAGUUAACUUCUUCUGGUGGCUGGCUUCUCUUUUUAUUUGUUUUUUUAACUUCAGCUGGUGGCUGGUGUGUCGUUUAGCUAAGUUCAGCUGGUGGCUGGUGUGUUGUUUAGUUAACUUCGGCUGGUGGCUGGCGUCUUCUUUUAUGCGUUUAGUUAACUUCAUGAAUACACCCGUUCCAAAACAGCCUCAUGUCUUUUAAAUCGGUUCUUUUUCUGAUGCUACAUCUGCAGGAUAGAUUAAAUGCAGUUUGGCACUCCUUUAAAUGCCAUGUCUCAAUGCUAUGGGACCCUGUAAUUUGUAGUCGGGUGAGGUACUAGCAACCUUUGGUCAAGAAGACAAGAGCCUUGUUAAUCUUGUUGGAAUAAGGGCUUCAACUGUAUGCCAUGGGUAUUUGGUUUCUUUAGGAAUGUUUAUUCCGUUUUAUUCUUGAUUCCAUGUUUUGCGCUCUCUCUCAUUUGCAUGUCCCUCAACCCUUUGAGGUUUUGGAAAGAGGAGCAUCUCCCUCUUUUGUCCUGAGAAAUGUUUCAGUUUCAAGAUGUUAGUUGUAUUUCUGUUGAGCUCUUGCUGAAUGUGGCCUCUUGAGGAACCAUGAGUUCACAAAGGACUGUUUCUCUCAAUGAUUUUCAUCAGUAUGUUGUUGAGCCACAACACUCCCUCCCCAAAUUAAUUUGGACCUUUAAAAGACUUCAAGCAGGACAUACAAUCUUCUCUUUAGUUUUAAAAAUUCUAAAUUCUGCUGUUAAGAAGCUGCUGAAGGCUCUGGGAGAACCCAGCAGCAACUGUACCCUAAACUAUAUCAUAACUAACCCCUUUAAUACAUGUAUUAAACAAUAUUCUUUUGUAACUUGUACUGAUUGUAUACUGUCUCAAUUCUUAAAUGUAUAAAACUGUAUCAAAUGUA